CGUGCCCGAGGAGGCUAGAGCACAAGCUCAAUGUACUUUGACUAGUCCACACAUACCUACACACCACUUUUCUCCCAAUGUCUUGAUGGGGAGUUUUCAAACAUGGACAGCAUACCACACCACACUUAUCCUACACAUAGCGAACAGGAAAGGUAAACAGCAAGAGCCUUCAGACCAGAAAUGCCCUCGCUGGAAGUGGACAGAGAGACAAUGCCACCAAACGCCGUGCCACACCAGACCAUAUUACAAGUAACCUUCCAUCCGUCCCUCCCAAAUGCAAUAAUAUCAAAAGAAAUUGAAUACGAGAGCACUGC